AUGUGGAAGGUCAGUCUGGUAGACUGCUGCAGCCCAUCCAGGCACAGCCAUGCCAACCACGCCAAACCCACGCCAACCCAUGCCAACCACGCCAAACCCACGCCAACCCAUGCCAACCAAGCCAAACCCACGCCAACCCAUGCCAACCAAGCCAAACCCACGCCAACCCAUGCCAACCACGCCAAACCCACGCCAACCCAUGCCAACCAAGCCAAACCCACGCCAACCCAUGCCAACCAAGCCAAACCCACGCCAACCCAUGCCAACCAAGCCAAACCCACGCCAACCCAUGCCAACCACGCCAAACCCACGCCAACCCAUGCCAACCAAGCCAAACCCACGCCAACCCAUGCCAACCAAGCCAAACCCACGCCAACCCAUGCCAACCAAGCCAAACCCACGCCAACCCAUGCCAACCAAGCCAAACCCACGCCAACCCAUGCCAACCAAGCCAAACCCACGCCAACCCAUGGCAAUCCAAUCCAGCAGGCCUCGGCCUUCGAGCACCAGUACCUAGUCCUUUGUCUGUGA